CUGCUGUUUUCUUUGAGAAAACAACUGUCAAGAGGAGGAAGUGCUCAACUCCACAUGGUUAAAAUGGACCAAAGACAAAACUCACAGGUGAAACUGAAUCCGCUGAACCUUGGGACCAGACCAGGACAUACUCAACCCAAACCUAAGGAGAGGGAGCAGUGGGGCAGUAAGAUUGAGUUCAUCUUGGCAGUGGCCGGGCAUAUUGUCGGUCUGGGAAAUGUGUGGAGGUUUCCAUAUCUUUGCUACAAAAAUGGAGGAGGGGUUUUCUUCAUACCUUAUGUUUUGUUUUUGUUCACCUGUGGCAUCCCACUCUUCUUCCUGGAGACAUCUUUGGGCCAGUACACCAGUCAGGGUGGAAUAACAUGCUGGAGCAAAAUUUGCCCUCUUUUUGAAGGCUUAGGUUAUGGAAGCCAAAUAGUUGUUUUGUACACUGGGGUGUAUUACAUCAUCAUACUGGCGUGGACAUUUCUGUACCUGUUUUCAUCCUUCAGCUCUGAGCUUCCAUGGGCGAGCUGUCACAACAGCUGGAACACAGAUGGCUGCUUCGAGCACGGUCACAAUCAAACAUCCUCUCUGUACCUGUAUGGAAAUAGCACAUCUUCGGUUGUAGAAUUUUGGGAGAGGAGAAUCUUGGGCCUGUCCAGUGGAAUUGAGGAAAUUGGCAAUAUUCGCUGGGACCUGGCACUUUGUCUACUACUUGCCUGGACGUUGUGUUACUUCUGUGUCUGGAAUGGAGUGAAGACUACAGGGAAGGUGGUCUACUUCACUGCCACAUUCCCAUAUGUAAUGCUGGUGGUGCUGCUUGUUCGUGGUCUUACAUUACCGGGGGCCAAAGAGGGAAUCAUGUUCUACCUCUACCCAAAUCCAUCCCGCCUCGCUGACCCAGAGGUAUGGAUGGAUGCUGGCAGCCAAAUUUUCUACUCCUAUGGAGUUUGCACAGGUGUUCUGACAUCUUUAGGAAGUUACAACAAGUACAGCAACAACUGCUACAGGGACUGUGUUUACCUGUGCCUGUUGAACAGUUUAACCAGCUUCAUUGCUGGCUUCGCCAUCUUCUCUGUGCUCGGUUUUAUGGCAAAGGAGCAAGGUGUGGAUAUAUCAAUGGUGGCUGAAUCAGGUCCAGGUUUGGCAUUCAUUGCUUAUCCUCGUGCUGUGGCUCUAAUGCCGCUCCCCCAGCUCUGGGCCAUCUUCUUCUUCAUCAUGAUCAUCUUCUUAGGAUUAGAUAGUGAGUUUGUAUAUCAAGAGGCACUGGUUACAACCAUCUCGGACAUGUAUCCUGGCUUCUUUCAAAAUGAUUGUCGCCGUAAACUCCUCCUCCUCGCCAUUUCUGUUGGAAGUUUCUUUGUCGGCCUUUUCAUGGUCACGGAGGGAGGCCUUUAUCUCUUCCAGCUGUUUGACUACUACGCCUGCAGCGGGAUGACACUCCUGCUGUUUGCUGUUCUUCAGUCUGUCUGUAUCGGAUGGGUCUAUGGUGCAGAUCGUCACUAUGAUAAUAUAAAGGACAUGAUUGGAUAUCGACCAUGGCCUUUUAUGAAAUAUUGUUGGCAGUACUUCACACCAGCUAUCUGUACUUGCACAUUCCUCUUCUCCUUGAUCAAAUACACCCCGCUCAAAUUCAACAACACUUACGAAUACCCCUGGUGGGGCUACACCAUCGGAGGAUUCUUCACUCUCUCUUCAACACUCAUGGUUCCUCUGUGGAUGCUGUAUGCUGUGUGUGUCACUCCAGGAACACUGAGACAGAGACUGAAAGUUCUGUGCACUCCAGCCAAAGACUUACCCACUGCAACGUUAAGGACAACAUCAAACAAAGAAGCAUUUCAGACGUUCACAGGCUUGUACACACUGCGCUCGACACAAAGUCCUGAUGACAGAACGCACAGAGCUCAGAGAUUAUCCACCAUCUAAACUACGAGAGAAGAAUUUUUUUAAAUAGUGUUUAUUAAAUGACUAUAGGAUGUGUUAUUAUUGUUACUGGGGAAUCAAACAAGAAGUCUGGGAAAAUGGGUUUUAUAAAAUGGAAAGAAAUGUUUCUCCUUUUAUCACAAACUGUGUUGUAUCGACCAUUCUUGAGAACUGGGAGGGAUCAUGUCCUACAAAAAGAGCCAUACAAUUGUAAUUAAACACACUAAUUUCAUUUCUGGGGUUUAACAUAAUUUUUUAAAGGAUGUAUAUGUAUGAAAUGACUAUGAUUUAUAAAAUAUAUUUUUUUAACUUCUAAUAUUGACCUGUGCCAGAAAACACCCUCGUCCCAGACAAGAAUUCACAACUUCAAACAAUUAAAUUAUGUGUUAAAAUCCUUAAAAAGAUAACUAACAGUACAAACUGAUGACAUCAGUGUAAAAAUGUACUGCUAAGAUAAUCUUUGUUUUAAACUAUAUUCUUUAUGUUCCAGAAUUUGUCAACUCCAGCAGAUUUCUACAAAAACAUCAUUAAAUCAGACAUUAGAUAUAUCAUAAA